AUGAAAAUCGGCUAUAUUGCAAACAAACCAAUCGAAGAAAGAGCGCUGAUGCUUAGUUGGCUACAACAGAGAGAAAAUGAAAUCUCAGUUAAAUAUUACAAAGGCUCUGAUCCCAUCAUGGAAACUGUACUGGAACAGCAACGACGCUAUCACGAGGAACGUGAACGUCUCAUUAAUGAGCUCACAAAGGAAAUGCUUUAUAACGGCGUGACACAUAAGGAAAAGCUCAAUUCAGAAUUCCGCGUCCGUCUCAUGUAUGACGUAAGUUUCACUUUUUUCGUACCAACUGCUUUGUUGCAGCGUUAUUUGGAAUUGACCAGGGAGUUGCGUGACUUAUAUGAUGACAAAGAUGGCAUGCGGAAAAUGGACAUACAAGCCUUGUCUGGCCCAAACGAGUUUAACGAAUUUUACGAUCGGUUGAAACAGGUCAAGGACUUUCACCGAAAACAUCCAGACGAAAUAUGUGUGCCCAUGUCCACGGAGUUCGAAAAGUACAAAGAAAUGCGCGAAAAACCAGAGGAAGCAAAUGCAACGCUAAUUGAGUUUUCCGAUGAAGAAGGCUAUGGCAGAUUCUUAGAUUUGCAUGAUAUCUACAAAAAAUACUUGAACGUGAAAGGUGUACCACGCAUCGAUUACCUUACUUAUAUAUCCUUCUUUGACCGACUAUACGACAUUGCUCGGGACAAGAAAGGGAUUGCCUAUAAAACGUACCUUGAAGAUUUGUUGGCUUAUCUGGAAGAUUUCCUGUCUCGUGCACGACCAAUCGUGGAUUUGGACGAAGAAACGAAAGAUGCACUUGCGAAGUUCGAAACGGAGUGGGCACAGGGAACUUUCCCCGGUUGGGGACGUGAAGCUGCCCCAGCUCUGAGUCAUGGCGGGGCUCAUCUCGAUCUGACUGCUUUCACUACCUGGGAAGAGUUGGCCUCCUUAGGGUUGGAUCGUCUAAAGUCGGCUUUGCUGGCUUUGGGUCUCAAGUGUGGUGGUACUUUAGAAGAGCGAGCUAAACGACUAUGGUCAACAAAAGGCAAGGCUUUGGAGGAGCUUCCGGCUGAGAUGUUUGUGACAAAGCAACGAGCAACCAAGGGCUUUGCAAAGACAGCCGCCUGGGGUCACAUGCCCGCCGCGCUUAGCGAAAAACAUCGGCAAGUUGCUGUCCUGGAGGCACGAAUUUAUCGCUUGAGUGAACUACUCAAAGAAAUCCGAGAGGCAACGAUUGAAAAUGUGCAAAGGCGCCAGGCGCGUGUUGGUUUUGAACGAGACGAAGAUGAUGCGGAUGCAGAUAAGGCUGGGAAUGCAGAUGGUUCCGGAAACGCCGGCGGUGACGAUGAGGAAGAUGACAUUCCUUACAAUCCAAAAAAUUUACCUCUGGGUUGGGAUGGAAAGCCUAUUCCAUACUGGUUAUACAAGCUUCACGGACUCAACAUGUACUACAGCUGUGAGAUAUGUGGAAAUGUUACCUAUCGCGGACCCAAGGCUUUUCAACAACAUUUUUCUGAAUGGCGUCAUGCUCACGGCAUGCGUUGUCUUGGUAUCCCGAACACCAUCCACUUUGCUCAUGUGACUAAAAUCGAGGACGCACUUGCCCUGUGGCAGCGAAUUCGCACUAUGAAGGAAUCCGAACGCUGGCGACCAGAUGUUGAGGAGGAGCUGGAAGAUAAUUCGGGCAAUGUGGUAUCGCGCAAGACGUAUGAGGAUUUGAAACGUCAAGGACUUCUGUGACCCACCAUUUGUGUGGGGUUUUACUUUACUCGUUGCCUUUUAUUACAACACUUUAUUCCUGUUUGUCUUGGAAUAAAAUAUUGUAAAUAUACUGUUAUUCUGUCUCACUUACAAUUGUUUCAUAUGAGUCGGUGCGUUGCUCAACAAUUUGUACCUGUACUCAUUAUUUUACCACUUGCUCAUGUAUGGUUGACCGCUUCAUCCCGUCGAAUCAGUUCACCCCUUGAUCUGACUGAUUAUUUUUCAAGAAGCGUGG